UCUUCACGCGCACUCGCGUGCAGUGUCGGAGUUCAGAGGUCGGGUAAAGGUCGUGUUUUCAGCUGGUCCCCUCAGCAUAAGCAAUGGCUUCCAUAAGCUGGUUAACGUGCAGGCGGUUUGCUCAGGUCGCGCGGCGGCCGGUGCUGCAGUACGUGAGGGCUGCAGCGCGUGCGCUACACCGGGGGAGCGCGCGGCGCGCGGCGGAGAAGAACCCGCUGAACAAACCACGAGCGCUGGAGCAGCAGUACAUCACUGAACUAGAUAAAGCCGAUGCGCUGAUGCUGCGGAAGUCUCAUGAAACAGGAUUUUUGUCCUGGUUCCGGAAUGGUCUCCUGGCAACAGGAAUCGGCGUUAUUGCGUUUGCGCAGAGUGAUGUGGGCCGAGAGGCUGGAUAUGUGUUCUUCAUCCUGGGCGGAGUGUGCGUGUCGUUCGGCGGAGGGUCGUAUGUGACCAGUCUUUUGACUCUGAGGAGGAUCAUGCUCCUCUCUCGGUUGACUGUGCUGCUCCAUGCGGGCUUGGUGUCCAUUGCCGCCCUCUUCUGGCUGUGCGCCGUAUCGCUCUACAUCGGCCGCCUGGAGUUGGAGAUUAUUCAUGAAGAGGAUGAGGAAGAGCACGGGGGAGAUGAAGGCGAGGAGUGCACAGAAUGCAGGGCCCGACGCGAGAGACGCGGCGCUGAAGACAAAAGCCAAGACAAGUGAGAUGAGAGGAGACUUUGAGUUCACCCAGAGACCCAGAGUUCUGUAUGUUUAAACCGCUUUGAGAGGAAAGGCGAACUGGUUUCAGGUCGGUGUGGAGUUGUGGCUCUAGUGCUUGAUUUAUCAGGUUGAGUGAGUUUUUGUUUCUGAUACUCCUGAACAUCAGCUGUCCCACUGCGUACACAGGGGCAGUGACAUAACUUCACAUUUUUCCUAGUUUGUAAUAUUGUUUUGUUGGAUCUGGGGGUUGUGUGCUGGAACAUGAAAGAUAAUUUCUAAACUAGCACUUAUCAGACAACCGUCUUGGCUGUUCAGCUGUUAUAAAUGAGCAUGAUCACUUUUAUAUAGUGACGUGAUUCAGAAAUAAGUUUUUUUUUUUUUUUUCUUCAGCCUGUAAUCGUGUAGAUAAUCUGCUGCUGGGAGAUGUCAGUCAUGUGUGUGCUCAUACAGCCAUUCACUGCACACUUCCAGUCACUCAACUCUAGUUUAAAUGCUGUUUUUCCCUGUUCAAAGCAAGUCAUGCUGGACUAGAAUUCAACAGUGUCAUCCAAAAUAUGUCCUUUACAGAUUAAACUGUUGUCAAUUUC